AUGUGGUUGCCAAGCCACCGGCCCACAACCUUGCAUUGGAAAGGCAAGCAAGAUGUGCAACUCAAUGCUACUGAAAAUACAUUUAAUAAAGUUGCCAUUUGGGUAAUUGUUUCAAAUAACUACCCUGAGACCUGGAUCAUGGAAUGUAGAAAAUGCAGCGUGGAAAAAGGUGCAGAUAUAUCAUCCAUCCUGAAUGAAUCACAAGAGGCAACAUGUUUCCAAAAACACAAGGUUGAUAAUACCUGUAGUGAUCUUCAAAUGGGAGUUGAGUAUUCCAUUUCAAGCCAGUCUUGUUACGUAGAUGCCUCAUGUUUGAACUUAUCAAAAGAAAACCUAAUUUCAUCAGUCAAUGAAGAAUUUACGUAUGUCCAUAAACAGCAACACAAUACUUCAAGUGCAGUAGAAACUACAAAUGAAAUAAAUAUUAAUGCAGAUUUCUCCUAUUUUAAGAAUGAGAGUGCAUACAAAUGCAAUUAUUUUGAUGAUGGCUCUCAGUUAGAAUAUCACAGUGCUGAAGAAGAGGAUUAUAUUGAUUGUCUCUGUUCAUAUAGGCAGAAAACAGAUAAUUCAGAAAGUUUUCAAGAAAAGGAAAUGGUAAAUGAAAAUAAUGUUACAGAUCAGCAGCCAUUGGACAAACCUGAAAAUACAUUUUCUACAUCAAGUUGUGUUGUUAAGGACCAUUAUAAUGGCAAUGAAAUAUCAACAUUCCCCCAGAUGUUUCAAGACGUCAGUUGUACACAGAACCAGCAUAUAACCUUAGGUGAAAAAAGAAAUGAGAGUCUUAGCAUGUCUUAUAGUGUUGUUAAAGAUUCAUCUCAUAUGAAAGUUAAUAAAAAAAAGAAUAAUUCAAAAUUAUUUUUAGCUAACAAAGCUGAGAUAGAAGAAAAGAUUAAAGUAAAAGUUCUUAGUGAUACCACACUGAAAUCUAUUACUGCUACUACUAAAGAAAUACUUAAAACAAAUGAUUAUCUAAAUACAACCGGAAAUCCAAAUAUAUUAUGCCAGGAGAUAAGGUUACUACCUUUUCCCCAGAUUUCUCAUUAUACAGAAGAUUCAAAUACAUAUGCCUACAAACCAUCAGUUAUAGUUAAUAGUGAUAUAAAAACCUCCAUCUACAGUUCCUGUGAACAUCAUGAAAAUUGCAUUGGGAAUUUUUCUAGUACAGACUUGAAAUGCAUCACAAAUACAUACCAUGAAUCUCGUAAAAAUCUUCAAAGUGCAAUUAGCCAAGCUACUGAUGCAGCUGCUGACUUUAGAGCUAGUUUUACAACAAGUCGUGCCAUUAAUGUUAAAAGUCCAGUGGCAUCUAAGGCACAAAACACUGUGAUAACAAUGAUGAGCAAAUGUAGGCCCAGGGAAUGGUUGGCACAAGAUUCAGAAAUAAUGCCUGCAAUAGCUGACUAUAGAAGUGUUGGCUGCAAUACAGACUGGUCGUGUAUCCCUGGCAAUCUGGAGAUGAUUGACUCACAAGUAGCAAUAUCUGAUAUGUUGGAAGAUUGCAUUAGUAGCGAUGCUACAAAACAUGGAUGGAAAUCGAACUCUGAGGAUCCUUUGGAAUGGAGUAAUAUCUCUAGCAAAGAUUUGAAUGAAAUUCCAUACAGGAUGAUGCAACUAUCAAAAAAAAUAAAUUGUUUGCCAAACUGUAGUAAAGAAAUGCUACAGAGAGCCUUCAAAGCUGAAAUGCAGCUUUUAAAACUUCGUUAUCAGAUGUUUUAUCAGCAAUGCUGGCAGACUUGUAAGCUUUUUAUGAAAGAAAAGGAAAAUAUAAGCAGUUCAUCACUUGGAACCAGAAAAUCGGUGUCAGAAAUGUUAUUUUCACACAAUAAUGAAGUACCUUUACUGCACUUAAUUACAUCUCAAAAGAAUGAAAACAGUGAUUCUCAUCAGUACCUUUCCAAGAUGGAGAAAGAAAACAGUCUUGAAGAGAAAAGUUCUUUAAAUACGCAAGAAAUCAGCGAAGAGUGGUUUGAUGCUGCAGAGAACCCAACAACACUUGAGACAUCAGUUUUGUGUGCCAACCCUCUAGAGAGGUCUCCAACAGAAAUAAGGAAAAAAGAGUUGGAAAACAAUUAUUUUGUGCAUGUUGAUGGUCUGAAUCCUUCAGUAUCAGAGGUUGACCUUUGGCUUCAUUUCCAGAAGUAUAAUGUUUCUGAGGUUUUGGUUUGUGAGUAUUCUGAAAAUUACAGGUAUGCAGCUCUUACUUUUAAAACAUCCUGUGAUGCAAAGCUGGCCGUGCAAGAAAUGAAUGGGAGAGAAAUAAAAGGAAAAGCAAUGAAAGUUCAUCUUAAAAGGACAAUUAAGGAAAAAGGAAUCCAAGAGAAUCAAAACUGCAUGAAAGAAAAAUAUGAAAAUCAAGGGCCACUUUCUAAAACGAGAAACAAAUAUCAGAACAACUCUGAACUGAUUUUGGGAGUUCCUGCUGUAAUCUCAGCUCCAUUCAUGCUGCCUCCAGAUGAUCCUUUCACUUUAAAAAUGUCUGAUGUCUCCAAAGAUGAUCUGAAGUCACCGUUGGCUGCUUUGCCAUUGGCAAAUGUUUUCCGACCUGCCUCGGGUUCUUCAGAAGUGCCCAAUUCUGACAUUAUAUUUUCUAAAUCUUCACCAAAAAAAGCAUCCUUUGAAGUAGACCAAGAGGAUAUUGCAGACAGCCUCUUGCCAUUUGGCUCAGUACAGUUUACUCCAAAUCCAUCAUCUACUUUUAUAACUCCAAAUACAUUAAACUUAAGGAGUUUCCGCAAAGUAGUCAAGAAACUUGAAGAGUUACAUCCACAAAUUACUAGAGACAAUAUUUUGGCUGCUUUGAUGGAAAUAAAAGAAAACAAGAGUCAACUUAGUGGUUUGUCCUUAAGCACAAUUGUUCAAAUGACAUCAUCUCUCCUGAAUAAAAAAUGUACAUCACAGUCAGAAAAAAAGUAAUGUGAGAAAUAAGUGAGUAUCUUGAAAAUGCAUUGAAAUUGAAAUGUUUUAGAAAUCUUGAGUUGUAAUGAAUUUCUACCCCUGCUACAGUUUGCAUUUAUAUCUUAAUGCUAAACAUUUUCGGAAAUACCGUAAAUGCCUAAUUAAUACAAGUGUUCUUUACUACUGUAAUAAUUAGCUUAGCGUCAAGGCAUAAAACUACAGUUGUUCUAUAUGAUGCUGUUUUUAUGGAAUUUUUAAUUAAAAUCCAAAGAUGUUGAAAUUCAAAGGUGUGAAAUUCGUACUAAGUAGCCACCAUACUAUGGGAAGAAAAGGAAUAGGAAAAGUCAGACAACUGUAGAUAUGAAAAGAUGUGGGUGUCUUGCUGGAUCAAAAACUGAACAUGACCCAACUGGGUGGUACAGUUGUAAAAAAAAAACCCAAUCCUAGUCUGCAUCAGAAUCGAGAGAUGUCACCUAGACAGGGUGUCGCAACCACGGCUCCGGCGCCUCAUGUGGCUCUUUGACUCCUCUCUUGCGGCUCCCUGCCAACCCGGUCGCGUGAUCUACUCUCCACCUUGAGACACCGACUGUGGCUGAUGCCAACCUCACUAACACAAGGGCUGGCAGGGUGGGAGUGGGAUCCGGGUGGAGUGUAGAUGGAAUGAGGGACAGGCCCACAGCUGAGGAAUGAGCAUGAGCAGUGGUGGCAGCUUUCCCGAAGACGACCCCCCUCCUCAUGCAACCUCCUGGCCGGCUGUUGCGGGGCUGGGAGAUCACGCACAAGCGGAGAUACCUUCCUCAAGCGAGCUUGGCCAAAGCACAGCGAAGGUGCACGGAAUGGGCGGGUUGACCAGCUGACGGGCAAGCGUCUUUGGCAAGGGCACUCCGGCUUUCUCUGUACCUGAUCCCCGGAGGUGGGUGGGUGAGGUUCGGAGCCAACCCCCUUUUCUCACUGCUGAGCUUUUUUACUUCUCCAGCUGAGUGAUCCCGCCACCAGCGUUGAUUGAAAAGCGUCCUCCAGACGUGCAAGAUUUAUAGCCACCCAGAGGACGCUUUUCUAUCAAUGCCGCUGGCGGCACACUUUGCUUGAGGAGGGUAUCUCCCCUCGUGUGCGCCUUUCCACUCCUGCAAAGCCAGCCAGUGGGUCGCAGGAGGAGGAGGGUCAUAUUGGGGGAAGCCGCGGCUCAUGAUCACUCCUCAGCCAGCCCGGAUUUCUGAAAAGUUGCCAAGAAGAAAGGAGUAGCGAAGAGCCCCAAAGAGAGCUUGCCAGGUCAGCCCAGUGUCUUCUUUCUGAGAGAGCGAGAAGAGACACAGAGAGAGGGGGGAGAGAAA